CCCCCUAUUUCGAAUUUUGUUACACGAUGAACUGCUUAAUUAAUUAAAGUAUUUGAUUAAAUGGCGGUUUAGUUUUCUCCGCAAGCCUGCAACCUGGAGCUUUCUGUUGUCUGCUUUCCACAAUUCCACUCGUUAAGAAGAGAUCAUCGUAGUCUCCGAUGUUAUACAUAGCAUCAACAACACACCCUCUCCUCGAGAGCCGUUUACCCUUUUUCCUUCAAAAAUUACCUAAAUAUCCAUGUGAAUUUGACAUCAACGUGAAGAAAAACUUCUAUUUUGAUUAUCUUUAGAUUAUUUGAAAUUUGGGUUCAAAUUGUCUCCAAGAUCAACUCUUACGAUUAGUUUCCCUAAGUACAUACAUUUGAGCUUGAUCAUCUCAUUCGGGUCAAAAUCUUUUGUCCAAUUCGACUAAGCUCAAGUUUCUGUUAUCGAGUCUCUUUAGUUUAAGCAUUUGAACGUGGGUCGUUCCAUAAAAGUGCAAAUUAUGAGAGGGGAGAAGUUAGGGUUUGUAAUUUGCGUUUGGUUUUUGUUCUUGUAUGGAUCUUGUUUGUGUAGUUUUGUGGUGGAGAAGAACAGUUUGAAGAUAACUUCACCUGAGAAUCUAAGAGAUACAUAUGAAUCUGCAAUCGGUAAUUUUGGUGUUCCUCGAUAUGGAGGAACAUUAAGCGGCGUAGUUCUAUAUCCAAAAACCGAUCAAACUGCUUGCAACAACUUCACUGAUGAUUUGAUAACAAAAAAACCCGGUAGCAUCCCGGUUUUUCUUCUUGCAGAUCGCGGUGAUUGUUACUUCACGUUCAAGGCAUGGAAUGCACAAAACGCAGGAGCUUCAGCUAUUCUAGUUGCAGACGACAGACCUGAACACUUGAUCACCAUGGAUUUACCCAAAGAAGAAGAAGGAGCUGAUUACGUACAAAACAUAACAAUCCCUUCACUACUCAUAAGCAACUCACUCGGGGUUUCAAUCAAGAAAGCUUUAGAAAACAACGAUCUUGUUUUUGUGAAUCUUGAUUGGAGAGAAGCUCUCCCUCACCCUGAUGAACGAGUCGAAUACGAGUUUUGGACAAAUAGCAAUGAUGAGUGUGGGCCCAAGUGUGAUACCCAAAUAGAUUUUGUUAAAAGUUUUAAAGGAGUUGCUCAAACACUUGAGAAAAAAGGGUAUACUCGAUUCACACCACAUUAUAUCACAUGGUUUUGCCCUGAGGAGUAUGUUUCAAGCACAAAAUGUAAGUCUCAGUGUAUCAACCAUGGAAGAUAUUGUGCUCCAGAUCCCGAACAAGAUUUUAGUAAAGGGUAUGAAGGAAAAGAUGUUGUUGAACAAAAUUUACGCAAUGCAUGUUUUUAUAAAGUAGCAAAUGAAAGUGGAAAACCGUGGGUUUGGUGGGAUUUUGUGACAGAUUUUGCUACCAAUUGCUCAAUGAAGGAGAAUAAAUCCACAAAAGAUUGUGCGGAUGAAGUUAUCAAAUCACUUGGAGUUGAUCUCAAGAAAAUUGAUGAAUGCAUGGGUGAUCCAGAAGCCGAUGCUGAAAAUGCAGUCCUUAAGGCUGAGCAACAAGCACAGAUAGGGAAAGGUGUUCGAGGGGAUGUGACAAUAUUGCCAACUCUUGUAAUAAACAAUAGACAAUAUAGAGGUAAACUUGAUAAAAAAGCAGUUCUAAAAGCCAUAUGUUCAGGAUUUGAAGAAACCACAGAGCCACCAAUUUGUUUGAGUCAUGAAGUAGAAACGAAUGAGUGUCUGAACAACAAUGGUGAGUGCUGGAUGGAUACAGUUGCUAAUAUUACAGCAUGCAAGGAUACUUUUCGUGGGAGAGUGUGUGAAUGUCCAAUUGUUGGAGGUGUGAAAUUUGUAGGCGAUGGAUAUAAAAACUGUGAAGCUCCGCGGGCCCCACGGUGUCAAGUAAACAAUGGAGGCUGUUGGAAAAGCACCAAAGAUGCCAGGAAUUACUCUGCUUGUAUUGAUGACCAUAUAGAAGGUUGCAAGUGUCCACCUGGAUUCAAGGGAGACGGGGUUAAUAAUUGUAACGAUAUUGAUGAAUGCAAAGAGAAGACGGUGUGUCAAUGUCCCAACUGCAAAUGCAAGAAUACAUGGGGAAGUUACGAGUGUAGCUGCAGUGGCAAUUUGCUCUACUUUAAAGAACAUAACACAUGUCUAAGUAAAGAUGUUGCUACAAGUUCUGGGUGGGGUUUUGCAUGGGCUGUUGUUCUUGGUGUGGCGGUUAUUGGAGUUCUUGGAUAUACGUUUUACAAAUACAGAGUUCGAAGAUAUAUGGACUCGGAGAUCAGGGCUAUCAUGGCACAGUAUAUGCCAUUGGGUAAUGAAGGGGAGAUUCCUGUUCAUGGAUCUCAUGGAGACAUCUAAGCAACAUGUGCUUAAUUUGGUGUUCAUAAUUAUACUGUUUGAUAUAUACCAUCUCAUGUAUUGUAUAUACUACUAUAUAAUAGUUUGUUUUAAGAUUUUUGUCGAUCUUUAUGGAUUGUAUAAUGGUGAAUAGGAUUAUAUUUCCAUGGAUUGGUCAUUUGUGGCUUAAAUAAACUAUAAUUUUUCUCAAGA